CUGCUCGCCACAACUAGAGAAAGCCUGCGUGCAGCAGUGAAGACCCAGUGCAGCCAAAAAUAAAUUAAAAAAAAAAUAAUAAAAUAAAGCUGCCUUCCGCCAGGGAAGACUAGCCGGCUUCUCUCUAGGUAUGGCUCAGCUUCUUGGGGAUAUUUAUUUGGUCAUGCAAGAAAUAAAACCAGCCCUUCACCUCCUGAAAGAACCUCUUGCCUAUUGCCUCUAGCCCAGAGGGAUCUAACUUUCCAUUUCUGCUUGGUUCUUCAUUUUUUUCUAGUACUUUUACACAGUGACCUCCUUAAUCCUUCUUGUUGCUUUUGGCAAAACUGGUUAUUCUAAGCCUGGCGUAAGGCUUGUGGCUUCAAGGUCAGCAUUUCCCCAAUAAGGUUUUUCAGCCACCCAACCCCAGAGCUCCAGGCUUCCUUCUGCUCUGCCCAGUGGCCGCUUUACUGUGGUCAUUAUCUGUUUUCCUUCCUAUGUUCUGACUUCGAGGCCCAGGCAGUCGAGUAUCUCUCGUGCGACUUCCUUUUGAUCUGGGUAUCAAGAGCAUAGGAGAGAAGCGGUGCAGUCCCAGCCCUGGAGGAACCUACAGUCUGGUGGACACCCAAGGCCAAGAGAAAAGCUUGUAGGAGCCCUUGAAAAGAAACAGGAAAACAAAUGCAAAACAACAAUAAUGCCUUCCAUCUGUGCUCCGAAGCCCUUUCUCAUACAUUAUUUUCCACAGUGCAGAGCACAUCCGUGAUAUGGAAAAUGUGGAGUGGUGGCAUACUCGGGAAAGGCUUCCGUCUCAAUCUGGUCUGCAGCCCCCAAGAGGUCGUCUUGUUUGGCUUCAUUCAUUCAUUCUUCCUCAAAUACAUAUCGAGCUCCUACUACAUGCCAGGCACCUCUCCCCUUAGUUGUCUACAGAAUUCACGCCAUCUCUCAUGUUCCAUUGCCCUCCAUCUUUUCUGCUUAUUCCCAAUGCUUUGCCUCAAUCCCACCUAUAGUGGUUUCUAUUCAUCUCCUCUUAUUCUAUUUUUGGUGGAAAGGGGAGCUGUUGCUCCCCAGUUACCAUAUAAUAACCCUUCAGAGUCUGUUAUUAGGCAUCCUUGGGGCUGCCGUAUUUACCUUUUAAUAAAGCCGAGUUUCUCUGCUCUCCUAUACGGGGGCUGACCAAGGCUGUAAAGGGAGGCGCCCUCUGUAAGCCUCCUGCUGGCUGUGCCAGGCUGGGAGGGAAAGGGUGCACACAGCAGUGCCCGUUGUGUGGAACAGAGCCAGCUGGAGAAUAAUCGCCCGAUUUAGUGUGAAAACCUGAUUCAGGUGGAACAGGUGCUGCCGGGAUGGGAGGGUGUCUGUGUGGUCAUGGCAGAUCAGAGAGAACUUUCAAAGCACACUGUCCAGUGUUUAGUGACCUGGAAUGUGUCUCCCUGUCCACCGUGUCCUGUUGACAGCUGCUCAUUCCCAGGCUUGGUAGACCUGACGUGCCCAGUCCAUUCCCCCUAGGUGUCCCAGAUCAGAGAACUGCGGGAGAUGUGGGCUCCUCCAGAGCGAGAUGUGAAUCAGCUUUAGAUGAAGCCUGGAGUUGUCCUGCGGUCCUCACAGAAACUGCCUCCUGGAGAUAGACUUCUCCUCUUGGGUGUGAGCUGAAGCUGGACUGACCUUGGGGAAAGGAGGUUGUAUCAGUCAGGUUCUUGGUUAUAAGCAACAGAGCCAGAACUUGAAUUUAAGGAGAAGGGAAUGUAUGGAGAGGAUUUUGGAGCGUGCACAGACUUCACACCAACGCUGGGCAAGUAGGCUUGGAAAAUGAGAACAAAGGAGGCACUGCAGCCGGAACCCAGGCCUAAAUGACAAUCCAGAAAUGGUCUGGCAAAGACCCUCGAUGCACUGUGGCACCUCCAGCACCGGCAGCUUUACUGUGGGCAGUUGCCACUGGUACCCUUAUCAGCAUUGCCCCAGACACGGGGUGUGGCUGCCUCUGUCAGAAGGGGUUUCCAUGUUCUCCUUCUUGCAUCACUAGUUCCCUAUUUAUUGUCAGGCUUGGGGUAUCUGAUGGCUCAGCCUAGGGGUCCUUUGCCCAGGCUUGGAAGACAAACAUCUAGUGUUUUCAGCUUCUACAUUCACGGAUGAUCCUUGUCACUCUCAGCUCAUUAGAUGGGGAACUCCCCCAAUCUAGAAAGUACUGGAUGCUUAAAAGCUGACUAAUGCACAUGAAAGGGGUCCUGGGAGUGAAAGAGCAUCACAGUGGAUGCUCUGAACUGGUCUGCCUAACUGUAGCUGGCAGCUGUUACAAAACUGAACCACCCACCAGCAGUGGGCGAAGUGCUUUUCCAUCCUGCAUGCCCUCAGGUCCCCACCACAACCUUGUGAGAUGGUGGGGACAUGAAGGAGGGCAAAUAGUAGUGUCAGUUAUGAAGGAGGUUUGGCACUCGGGCUGAGGAGUUUGGAGGUGAAGAGGACACUGCACAUAUCUGGGCAGGAAAGCCCACGUGGCCUCACAACACUGUGCUUGUGGAAAACUAGAACCGAGCUGACACUGAGAUCAUCCUCCUGCUGUCCUGUGUCCUUUCUCCUUCCUUCCCUGCCGCACGGCGUCUUGGCCGUCUUUAGCUGGGGAGCCUCAGGAGUCCUCACUGAGCUGGUGUGCCCGCCUCUGCUCCUGUGGGGUGUCCCCUACAUUUCAGGGCUUACCCAGGGGCUUUCCCACAUGCCCAUCCAACAUCCCCCCAGCACGGGCUGGCGAAGUGUCUACCUUGCCCGGGGUCCAGAUGGCACUCAGUACUGAUGACCCCAACUCUCUGCCUCUCCCUGCAGCCGUUAAGCACAGCCGGCAUCCUGAGCUCCUCCUCUACCACUUCCAACAGGUUAAGGAAUAGGCCUUGCUAUCGGACCAAAGCCCUGAACUCCGAGGUGGAUGAGAGCCUCUUCGGAGCUAUCAAGCCUCUGACCCAGAGCGACGGCCCCAUCGUGCUGCUCCGAGAUAAGCAUGCCAUUCGGAAAAAUCUCCCUGCCCUGGGCUUGGACCACAAGCCAGAGACCGUCCAGCUCAUCACCCGGGACAUGGUCCGGGAGCUCAUCAUCCCCACCAAGGACCCCUCCGGGGAGUCCCUUAUCAUGAGCCCUGAGGAGUUUGAGCGGAUCAAAUGGGCAUCCCACGUGCUGACUAGAGAAGAACUCAAGGCCAGGGAGCAGGCCUUCAAGGAGGAGAAGGAAGCCAUUGUGGACGCAGUGACCACACGCAAGAAGAUCAUGAAACAGAAGGAAAUGGUUUGGAGGACCAGCAAGAAGCUCAACAAUCUGGAGGAGGUGGCCAAGGACAGGGCCCAGAACCUCCUUCAGAGAGCCAGGCAGCUGCGGAUGGAGCAGGAGGAGGAGCUGAAGGACGUGAGCAAGAUCAUCCUCAACGCUAAGUGCCACGCCAUCCGGGAUGCCCAGAUUCUGGAGAAGCAGCUGAUCCAAAAAGAGCUGGAUGCAGAGGAGAAGCGGUUGGAUCAGAUGAUGGAGGUGGAGCGGCAGAAAUCCGUUCAGAGGCAGGAGGAGCUGCACAGAAAGAGGCGGGAAGAGAGCAUCCGAGGAAGACGGCACAUUGUGGAACAGAUGGAAAAGAAGCAGGAGGAGCGAUCGCUGCUUGCCGAGCAGCAGCAACAGGAUAAGGAGCAGAUACGGGCGUAUAUGGAGCAGCUCCAAGAGGAGGAUCUAAGGGACUUGGAACGAAGACACCAGCAAAAGCUGCAGAUGCAGGCUGAGAUCAAACGCAUCAAUGACGAAAACCAGAGGCAGAAAGCAGAGCUGCUGGCUCAGGAGAAGCUGGCAGACCAGAUGGUGAUGGAAUUUACCAAGAAGAAGAUGGCUCGAGAAGCAGAGUUUGAGGCUGAGCAGGAGAGAAUCCGGAGGGAGAAAGAGAAGGAGAUUGCCCGCCUGAGGGCAAUGCAGGAGAAGGCCCAGGAUUACCAGGCAGAGCAGGAUGCCUUGCGGGCCAAACGCAACCAGGAGGUUGCCGACAGAGAGUGGCGCAGAAAGGAAAAGGAAAACGCACAGAAGAAGGUGGAAACUGAGGCCAGACUGCGGAAAAGUCGGCAAGAACAGGUGGCUUUCAAGGAGCACGCUCUGGCCGUUCAGGUGCAACGGGACCGGGAUGAGUUCGAGAGGAUUCUUCGGGCUCAGAGAGAGCAGAUUGAAAAGCAGCAGCUGGAGGAGGAGAAAAAGGCCAGGGGGCGCUUACAGUAUGCCAAUGAGCUCCAGCGCCAGGUGCGGGAGAACCAGCAGAAGCAGCUGCAGGACCGGAUCGCCACCUUCGAGGAAGGCCGGCGCCUCAAAGAGGAGGCCCAGAAGUGGCGUGAGCGCAUUGAAGGCAUCAAGAAGAAAAAGAUAGAGGAGCUGAGAGCCACCGGCCUUCCUGAGAAGUACUGCACUGAAGCUGAGCGCAAAGCUAACAUCCAACCCGACACCUCUGUGGACUGAGGGUGCCUCUCGGCCCCUCGGGAUGCCUUCAGCGGGCAGCUUCCUCCCAGGCUCUCGGUGUCCAUAACUGCAGCUAAUCUAGACACUUCUGAGUUACAGAUUAAAUCUAUUCUACUUCUCUAAGCAACAGUCCAGCUUUCUUGCUGCGGGGAUGUGGCUGCCACGGGCACUGAACGAGGAGCAAAAUUGGUUACGGGAGCCCCAGGUUGUGGGCCGUAUGAUGCUCAGAGGCAGAGAAUGGAAGGAUUCUCUCACAGUCAGCCCUCCC